UGGGAGGGGGGUAAAAAGCUCAUGGACACCAGUCCCCAAAAGACCAUCUAAAAGAUUUUGAAAUAUCCCUCAUUCACAAUGGAAAACUUAGGAGUCGGUCACAGGGGUGUGGCAGACGGCACAACCUUGAUGAGGGCAGGACUGGCCAUGGUAGUGGUGGGCCACUUGAACUUCCUGCUGGGGGCGCUAGUGCACGGCAGUGUGCUCCGACACAUCAGCCUACGCUGGCAGAGCCAAGCUACGGUGUACACCUGCGCCCACGUCGCCGCCCUGGUGGCUGGCCUCAUGGGAAUCAUUGUCGGAGUAUCAACCCUUAUCAUACCCAGAUGGAAGAGCAAGAAACUAAUGUGCUUCCUGCUGUGGGGCAGCCUGCUGGGUGGCCUCCUGGCUGCCGCCUCGGUCGCAGGCCUGGCUGUGACCCUGGGGAGGGCCAUCGCUGCCGGGCCCCACAGUCUUCUGGCCCACUGCAAGGUCCAGGAUGCCUCUGGCAACCCCGCCAUCGCCAACGAGUGCCCCUUCCAACCCACCCGCAUCUACGGAACAACCAUUGUCCUCUGGGUUCCUCUCAUUCUGUUAUGCAUGGUGGAAUCCUCCUUCUUGGGGAGGAAUGUUGUGGUUUGCGUCUCCUUCCUGUACUUCCCUGUCCCCCGCCGGGCCAAUAGGAGGACCAUAAUUGCCACACAGGUGAGAGUGGUGAGCCGAGAGGAAUUGACAUCUGCUUCCUGGGGGGAGCCUAGCAAGCAGGGGGCAGAGCCUCGUCAAGGUUGGGCGGGGCCUUCAGAACUGGAGGCAGGAGCUCCAGAACAGCCCAAGCUGCGAAGCUGGCGCAGUCAUUUUGACAGAAGCAGCCUUUGGAUCUGACUUCUGUAGUACCUGUUAUAUAACUUGUCACUAAUAGGUAUAUUCUCCUGAGAUACAGGGGAAAAAAGUUUUUUAAUAUUGAUAAAAAUGCUUAUUUGACCAGAAGAGGAGGUUGGCAAUGUCACAUGUGUGACACACAUGUGAUGUCAUCUUAAAGCACUAAGUUCCUCUUUAUGAAGAACAAGACUUAAAGGAGUGGCAUUUCCGAUAUGAGAAUUAGCAUAAAACCAUAAAUGUCCUCUACAGAGGACAAAAAUAAACUGCUGGUUCUCAGAUGGAUGUAUAACUAACUGGAAUUUGUUAAAAGGUAUAAUAUUAAUGCAGCAGGAGUUAUGUUAUUUGGCUACAUGAAUAUCGCAAACCUUAUGUUUUGAGCAUCGAUUUAUUUAGACUGCAUGUGUCUAUCAGAGCUUAUGGUGUCUU